AUGGAGGCCACAAUACGAUGUAACUCUUUGGAAUGUAAUAUGCCAGGAUUAAUGCUGCCAGUGAAGGGAGGAGAAGAAAUGGCAAACUGCACCAAUGGCACUGUUACCAGUCCAAGGCAGUCCAUCACUCCACUGUCCUGUCUGCUCCCCGGAACUGAUGACAAGCUUGCCUUGAUACUGCUGAACUUAGAUGGACACAAGACACCAGGACUGAAGACUGUUCUGGGUACACUAUGGGAUAAAGCUGUUCUACGGGCGUGUGCAGAUGGAGGCGCUAACAGUUUGUAUGACACCAUGGCAACCAGCAACGAGGAAGACAAACACAUUCCACACUUCAUUUCUGGAGACUUUGACUCGGCCAGACAAGAAGUUCUAGACUUUUACAAGAAGAAGGGAGCUGAGAUACACAAGACACCAGACCAGGAUGCUACAGAUUUUACCAAAUGUUUGCAGUUGGUUUUGGAAAGAAUCACUUCUCAUCAUCUUCAGGUUGACAGCAUAGUUGUUGUUGGAGCCAAUUCUAUGUCCAGAUUUGACCAUAUUUUAGCCAAUGUAGACACUCUAUAUCAAGCAAAAGACUUGACAGACAAACCUGUCUUUCUGAUUGCUGGCAUGUCCAUGGUGUAUCUGCUUUCACCGGGAGCUGAGAUACACAAGACACCAGACCAGGAUGCUACAGAUUUUACCAAAUGUUUGCAGUUGGUUUUGGAAAGAAUCACUUCUCAUCAUCUUCAGGUUGACAGCAUAGUUGUUGUUGGAGCCAAUUCUAUGUCCAGAUUUGACCAUAUUUUAGCCAAUGUAGACACUCUAUAUCAAGCAAAAGACUUGACAGACAAACCUGUCUUUCUGAUUGCUGGCAUGUCCAUGGUGUAUCUGCUUUCACCGGGUCAACACACCAUACGUGUAUCUACAGGUAUAGAAGGAAAAUGGUGUGGUUUAUUACCCAUAGGUCACCCUUGUAAAGAUGUCACUACUACAGGGCUUAAGUGGGAUCUUAAUCACGACACAUUAGAAUUUGGCACCCUGGUCAGUACGUCCAAUGAAUUUGUGGACCAAGUGGUCACGGUAGAGACUGAUAAACCCUUGGUUUGGACUAUGGGGUUCAAGUUACACUGAGGGGAUGAUAGGAAUGCUUAGACUGGAAGUAUAGUCGGACAGAAAGCAUAGGUUGUGAUCCUGAGUCGACUAAAUUAGACCAAAUACCUCAAAUAGAGAACACUGAUUAAGCCUACAAGCAGACAAAAUGAGAAUGUCCAGAAGUUUUCUAUAGCUACUAGAAUGUGACAUGUCCAGAAAACAAGGUUACAUAGACAAAGCCAUUGUGAGUUCAUAUUUAAUUUUCAUAAAGCUGUUUCUGAUCCUAACUUACUCUAGAUCUGUGGUUUGUUGCUGGUCUUUUCAGUUAAAAUUUAUCUUUAGUCUCAGCUUACACUGGCGAUGCAUAUGGUGCUUAUUGUAAGUUAAUGUUGGCUUGUUUUUCAAAAUAUAGGUCUAUUAUAUUAUAUCAAUGAAGAAGUUAUAUAUAGUAUUUAAAUAAUUCUUAGGGUGGUAAGAGUGAGUUGGUAUAAUUUAACAUUGUAUAAUGUGCCAUUUAAUGGGAUAUUGCAGGUGCCAGUGUUUUAUUUAAUUAGUGAUAUUUAAUUAGCAACGGGAUAUACAAGAUUAGAUUUACAUACAGUGAUGGGCUGAACAAAUUUUUGUCAGGAAAACUGGGUUCAAAUAUGACACCUUUACUAGAUAUAUCUUUCUUAUUUGGAGUUUACGUGAGAAUAUGAGAAAGGUUACUUUAUUUCAUGCUAAUUUCACAAAAUGUAUUUAAAAUUUUCUAUAAUACAUGUGAUUUUCAUGACAAGUUUACACAGAAUAUUUUGUGUCAUGCAGAUAGAGAACUGAUAAUUUAAGCAAAAAUAUUAUGUAUUCUGUCCAUAAAUUGUGUCAUACCAAUUUGUUGUCAAAUCACACAUUGUCAAAUGAAGAGAAACCAACCAGGAAAUUAUCCAUGGUUCAAUUUUGUCCAAUUUUACUUGUAACCACAGUGCAUAGUCUGACAUCUCCGCCAAAUCACACAAUCCCUUGAUUUUAUACGAAGUCGUUUGACUUUGGGCUAUCUCAACAAAUCCCGUUUCUGCAGAUUUUGAAUUGCCACAGAUGUAUGGAUCUUGGCGCUUUUGAAAUGUCAGUCUUCAUUUCCUGCCAGUUCUGUAUUAUUUCAUGAACAGAAAGGUGCUUUUUGCUGAAUUAUUCUCAGUCACAAAGAUUUUGUUUUACUAGUCACACUGAUACAAUACCAAGCUUUAAAAAUGUUCUGUUCAGAUUUAGAAAAGUUGGUCCUAAUGAUUUAUCAGGCAGCGAUGAUGAUUUUCUUUACAGAAUAUAAAAAUAGAAUUAUAUUUUUUAUUUUCAGCACUUUCAUUGGAGUUAU